AUGGGUGUUAUGGAGUAUUUCUCGUUUCUUGUUGUUAUGGUUUUAUCCGUGACUCAUCAUUCACAAGCCUGGUGUGGUGAAACUGUUCCGUACAGAAUGGAUAUGGAGAAGAUGACAAAGUUACAUUUCUACUUCCACGAUAACAUCACCGGCGACUAUCCAACUUCUUUUAAGAUCGCCGAAGCACCAGUAAUAUCCAACUCUUCAUCAACGCUAUUCGGGAGCAAGAAGUUCAAUGGUUCUACCAUCAACGUGUUUACUCGGAAUCCGAUCGCUGAUGCCAACCGUGAAUUUGUGAUUAUCGGCGGAACCGGAUACUUUCAGUUCGCCCGUGGGUUUGUAACUGCAAAGACAUACUCGUCUACCAUUAAAAAUGCUAUCGUCGAAUAUAAUUGUACCAUUGUUCACUAUUAA